AUGUCCAAGAGGAACUCACUUGGACCCAGGAUCGAGUCCAGCUCUGUAGGGGGUCGAGGCUUGUUCGCUGGGGAAGGAAGUCACUAUAUUCCUGGCGACUCUAUAGCGACUUAUAGACCUAUCGUCUACUGUGUAACACCGACAAUGGCUAAGGCAUGCUGUCACUGGUGCCUCAAUAGUGAUGCACCCAAGUACUACCAGUGCAGUGGUUGUCGAUAUGCUGUGUACUGCAGCAAGGAGUGUGCAAAGGCUGCAUAUAAGCUGGGAACUCACAGAAGGGAGUGCCAACUGAUUAAAAAGCUCCCUGCGGAGCAUGCCUCCUCAGCACCCCUUACUACCUUCCUCGCAGCAGCUAAACUGCACUGGCUAGUGCAGGAGGACGAGGCGGUUCGACAUAGUGUGGACGAAAUGUGUCGGCAUGCUGAUUCGAGUGAUACGUUGGAAGCUGACUCAGGCUCUACUGCUAUCCUCCUGAGUCGCUAUUUGGAUGGUACGCAAGCUGACCUUAUUUACUCCCCUCCCGUCCCGGUCAUGUUGGACCUCCUCCGAGUUCUACGAUACAACGCUGUAACGAUUACCAACGACUCGUUACAGGAUGUUGCCCUGGGCUUGUAUACUGAGGUCUCUGCUAUGAACCACAGCUGUGCUCCGAAUGUCGUCCUUAUCUUCUCGGGCAGCGAAGUCACAUUGCGAACGAUACGAGCCGUAGAGGAUGGGGCUGAGCUGUUCAUAUCGUAUGUGGACGUAUGUAUAUCACCGAAAGCGAAGCGAUGCCAAAGGCUCCGGGACCAGUACAAAUUUGAUUGCUCGUGUGAAAGAUGCACUAGGGAAGAUGAGUACCUUGAUGACGUUGAUAACGGCGAUGGGGAAAGCUCCUACCUGAGGCUGGUCUAUGCAGAGGAAGACCUACGGCUGAGUGUACAGAAGCAGGAAUGGAAGGAGGCAGCUACUGCAGGGAGGCUUGUGGAUGAAUUACGGAGUACCCUCUCUGGUGGCCAGGAGUACGACGUUUGUGUUGGAGUUAACGCUUAUAUGCUCACGAAGAUCCUCUCUUUGAACGACGGCUCAUUACGAGAAGCUUUAGGAUAUUUCGCUAAAGCGUACCGCAUUCUGAGCAUCACUCACGGCAGCAAUCACCCUCUUGUCGAGGAGGUCAAGGGGAAGAUGAUUGAGCUCCGUAACUACGUACAGUACAACACACCACCUGUUCCUCAAAUAUCGAGUGAAUAA